AUGGCGUACUAUGGAGCAGCCUCAUACCAUAGCCUCUUCCGACGAAAUUGUGUCAUAUGCCCGCCUACUGCACCUUCUUGUCCAGUCUGUAGUGAGAACGAGGUCUGUUCACUGGUCCCACCAUCAUGCGACACAUGUCAACACACCAUUUGCGUUGCCAAUGCCGCUACCCCAUCGACCAUAAGCUCGUCCCCAAAGUCGUCAAGUUCUGGCCCAAACGUAGGAGCAAUUGUCGGUGGUGUUGUUGGAGGACUUGCAUGUAUCGCGAUAGUUACUUAUCUCGUAUGGAGAUACUGUAUCAAGACAAAGAGGCAACAGUAUGCAACCGAAGAUUGGGGUAACGAUGCAGACGGAUCUCUUGGGGCCGAGAAGGACUUCACAAGACGGCGAGAUGCGCGGGCUUCAACGCAUACGGUCGGCUCUAUCGCCUCUACCGUGCUUACUCGCGCUUCCAACAUCAUUCAGAUCGCAUACAUCCCAGGUGUCACAAACCGAUCCGCGCCAUCCACACCUGGCCUUCUCGUACCUCCCGUUCCACCGAUCCCGAUUGCACUAUCAUCGGCUUCCAGCUCUCCAAGGUACGAGAAUGAGCACUUCUUCAUGCCUGGCAAUCUUCGAGACUCCACAUACUCUGGCAUCAGCGAUCGAACUUCGUACGCCAGGACCAGCGUUGCUUCGACUAUUUAUGGCAAGAAUGCGGUCGUCUCUCCGGUUCCUGCCCAGACUGUGAUCCGAGGAAAGGCAGCUGUCGUCAGUGUCAGAUCCAACGGCGCCGGUGCUAGCGAACUAAUGCCUCCUGUCCCAAGUGUUGAUUACGGCAAAUACGGAGCAAAUGGACCUCCAAGCCCUGCCUUCAGUGUCAAGUCUACUCUGGACAGUGCGACUGCGGCCACUCAGAUGAGACCGCAUGUUAUAAAAGUUGCCGGCGGCCCAGCGCAGAAAACAGGGGCAGCAGAUAAUCGCGCCCCGGUUCAGAACGGCCUUCCAGGCCCCUCAAAACCCAUGACUACUAUCGAUGAGACGCCAAAUAUGGAGGAGGGCCCCUUCAGUGAUCCAGCCCUGAGUCGUCACCAAAGCAACGUGAGUCUCAGCGCGGUCAUCGAGAAGGCGAGCAAGAAACCCCAAGGAGGCGAAGGAGCGUCGAUUGAUAGAGGAGAGACGCCAUUUGGAGAUGAGCACGAAGUAAAGGAAUGA